CCUCGAGUUGAACUGCAGCAUCGUGUGCUGCUUCGCUAGUCUGACUGCAUUUGGUUUUACUGACCUCUGAAUCCACCAGCCAACAGUUUCACUGGUGUCCAAAUCCAAACAGGAACAAGAGGAAGUCCUGCACCAGCACUUGGCUUCACUGGCCUAAUUAAAGAAGAAACUCUGGUUAGCCAGUGUCCAUGUGUAAGUUCAAGUUCUCUCAGUACAGCUUUGUUUUCUUUAUUACUGUAUUUCAGCAGCAAAAGUGAGAACAAUAGUUAAAGUUAAUAAUAAUAAUAACAAACACUGACAGCGUGGAGGGCAGGGCUUCACAGCCAGCAGCAGGAGGUUUAUGGAUUACUGAUUACUGGGUGAGAUACAAAGCUGUCAAAGGUCACAGCGGGCUACAAAGGAACAGACAGAAACGAAGACAACGACUGACACAACAGACCUUCAACAGCUCAAUGAAAAGGCUGUGACCUCUGUGAACGGAACUAAUUCCCUCCAGGAAACCGAAACACAGACACCUUCAGCUGAACGAAGGCUUCAGCAGGAACCAAACGCCUCGACAAGCACACAAGAGAAGCAGAUUCAGGGACGAGUGAAGGUGAACAGUGCAAGACCUCAGCAGGUGGAGUUUCCAUUCUGCAAGUCCUCCUGUUGGGUCUCCUUCUGGUUCUCCACGCUGCCCUGGUGAGCAGCCAUGCUCAGAAGAACAAGAACCUUCAGUGGACCCUGCAGGUUUGAGCUCCAGCAGGGCCGCUUUCUCUCCUCGCUUCCACCCUCCCCUGAACUCUCCAGACUCCAUUACCCAGCAGGCAGUGGUAACAGGAAGUACAGGACCAGGCAGGAAGUGGGACAGAUGAGCUUGGCUCAGAUCAACCGCAUCUUAAAGGCCAAUGAAUACAGUCACAGUCUCCCCAGAGGACCCGCCUCCCAUGGCGUCCUGGGUUUCCAUAGCAACAUGUUGCCUUCCAACCACCCCGGUGAGGACCGUCGGAGCAACGCCACCUACCUGCCAGGCUGCGGCUUGCAGUUUGGUGUGUUUGAUGGCCACGCUGGGCCAGCAUGCGCUCAUGCUGUCAGCCAGAGGCUCUUCUACUACAUCACCGUGGCAACGCUGCCACUGAGAACACUGGCGGAGCUCGAAAGGGCGGUGGAGGAGGAACGGGCCAUCCCACCACUGCUGGAGUGGCACAAACACCCCCAAGACCACAGCUGCCCUGACGGAGGAGCAAUCUCCUUCCAAAGCCUCCGAAACUACUGGCAGGAGAGGCUGGAGGAUGGAGAGGAGGAGGAGGAGGAGGAGGAGGAGGAGGAGGAGGACAGUGGCAGAGUUACAUCAGCGCUGAUCAGCGCUUUCCGUCGCCUUGACUAUGACCUCUCUGUGGAAGCCCAGGUCCACCUGUCCAUGUCCUCACCCAGACGAGUGUCUCUCCCAGGCGAGCCGUUCUCUCUGUCCUCUCCCCUCCAGGUGGCGCUGUCUGGCUGCACAGCCUGCGUCGCCCACAUCUCAAACGGGGUCUUGCAUGUGGCUAACCUGGGUGACAGCCGAGCCGUCCUGGGUGUCCAGGAGCCGGACGGGUGCUGGUCGGCUGUCAGUCUCACCAACGAUCACAACGCACAGAACCCAGACGAGCUCCAAAGAAUUCUUGGGGAACACCCGCCAUCGGAGCGGAGGACGGUGGUCCGCCAUGACCGUCUGCUGGGCCUGCUGCUGCCCUUCAGGGCGUUCGGUGACGUCCGCUUCAAAUGGAGCGCAGAGAUGCUGAGUCGCGUCUACGAAACACGACCAGACAUCCUGUCCGCGGUCAGUGAGGCGGUCCGGGCGCUGCCACCACACUACCUGACUCCGCCCUACCUGAGUGCCCAGCCAGAGGUCACCCGACAUCGCAUCAGACCCAAUGACAAAUUCCUGGUGCUGGCCACUGACGGACUGUGGGAGCUGAUGCACCGACAGACGGUUGUCCAGCUGGUGGGAGAACAACUGACAGGCCUUCAGCAGCAGAGACCCAUAAUCCCCAGCAUGGGCAUGACGCUGGGCAGUCUGCAGCGCCUCCUGCUGGAGAGGAAGGGACGGGUUCUGUCGGUGCUGGAGGACCAGAAUGCUGCCACCCACCUGCUCCGCCACGCUCUCGGGGAUGACGGCUACGGAGCGGUGGAGCCAAACCGUCUCGCCAAGAUGCUGAGCCUGCCGGUAGAACUGGCCAGGAGGUACCGCGAUGACAUCACCAUCACUGUCAUCCACCUGAACGAACCCGACCUUUGACCAGGUCACCUGCAGGACUUUGUUAUAUAUUUGUUUUUUUAUAUACAUGACAUGUUUGUGAAACUGACGACAACAGACUUCAGAGUUUCUGAAUGUUUCUCAUUGAAAUGAACUGAGCGAUCGAUAACUGAAAACUGUCCUCAGAUCAGUCGGUGUGUUCACUGACGUCACUGCUCUGAAUGACCAGAGGACGCUUCUGCUGGAACAAUGGAUUCAGUUUAUUUAUUUUUCUUGCCUGCUUUUACUGAUAUUCUGUGUGUAAAUUCCUUAUUUAAUUAUCCAGAUGUUCUUUGUAUCUCUACAUUUAAGUGAAGAACGAAGAAUCCUUUAUUCUGAAAAUGAUACUUCCUGUCAGCAGAAUAAGAGACAGCAUUUCUCAGUGACUUCAAAAUAAAAUUUAAUCAAGGAUUUUACAAAAUCAAAUUCUUGAUUAGAAAACAGUUAAAUACCAAAUGGCUUCAAACCAAACAAUUAGCUGACACCGACUUCAUGUCACCGGGCCCCCUCACAGCUCACAGAGCUCAAUCAUUGGAUGACACUCAAACAGAUGGGGCUGAGUGGAGGCCACGCCGAAAAAUGCUAAGAAGAAC